AUGCUGGUGGCUAAGCAGUGUCAAACAUUUUUGCAUAUCACUUAUCCCCUGAAGAUAUCAGCCAACUCAUCUGAAGAUUGUAUAGGCGCUGCUGCGGAUGAGAGUGUUCAGGCUUACACUCUUACCAUAAAUCAGAAGCACUACACAGUGUACCUGAAACAACAAUCCUUUCUGCCAAACGAUUUUAUGAUUUACACCUACAACACCGGAGGUUUUGUGCAACCCACUACCCCAGAUAUUCAGAACGAAUGCUUUUAUGAAGGGUAUAUCCAAGGCUUCCCCAAUUCUGUGGCAAUACUCAGCACCUGCUCUGGCCUCAGGGGAGUGCUGCAGUUUGAGAAUGUCAGCUAUGGCAUUGAACACCUGGAAUCUUCCACUACUUUCGAGCACCUAAUUUAUGAACUAAGCAGCAAAAAUGCCAAAGGCCCAAUUUGGACAGAAAACGUCACCCAUGUAGAAAACCGGACGAAGACCGGACACGUGUCUUAUAAGCUGCUUUCGGAUACUGUGCCGCUCUCGGAUACCACUAAAAGUCACAGAUACAUAGAAGUCUACGCUGUUGUGGACAAGGUUUUGUUCAAUUAUUUGGGUGGAUAUCCUGAAUUCGUUACCUCAAACAUUGUGCAGAUUAUUGGCUUCGUUAAUAGUAUGUUUGCUGACCUUAACGUAACCAUUGUACUUUCCUCUCUGGAAUUCUGGACAGACGGUAAUAAAAUCUCCACUGAAGGAGAAGCCGAUGAAAUUCUCCGCAGGUUUUUGCAAUGGAAAAAUUCCUACCUUGUUCUGCGGCCUCACGAUCUGGCCUUUUUGUUUGUGUACAGAGAGACGUCAAAUUACGUGGGAGCAGCUUUCACAGGGAAAUUGUGCCUCCGAAAUUUUGAUGCAGCCGUAGCUCUGUAUGAGAAGGCGAUCACUUUGGAGACCUUUUCAAUCAUUCUGGCCCAACUGCUGGGUUUCAGCCUGGGGAUGGAAUAUGAAGACGGCAAAGAGUGCAAAUGCCCUGGACACACCUGUAUCAUGCACACAAAUGCAGUUAAUUCAAAUGGAAUUAAAAAAUUCAGCAGCUGUAGCAUUGCCGACUUCCAAAAUUUCAUUAAGUUCAAAAGCGCCCCUUGCCUUUCUAAUCGGCCCAAUUUGAAAUUGUAUUCUCGGAAGAAACUGCCCAAGGGCAAAUCAGCAUGUGGGAACGGUAUUUUGGAACCUGGAGAGAAAUGUGAUUGCGGGAGCGUUGAGCAUUGCAAAAGGAGUAAAUGUUGUACCAGCAGUUGUACAUUUCAGCAGGGAGCUGUGUGCAGUAAUGAAUUAUGCUGUGAAAACUGCAAGUUCAAGCCAAGGAACACAAUAUGUAGACACGCAUUAGACAAGCAUUGUGACUUUCCCGAGUACUGCAAUGGAAGUUCGGCUGUUUGUCCGGCCAAUGUUUACGUCCAGAAUGGUGACGGUUGUGCCUCUAACACCGGCUUCUGUUACAGUGGAUCUUGUCAAUCAGCCGACUUGCAUUGCCAGGAGUUCUUUGGAUCACGGUCAAGAAACGCUCCCCAAGCCUGCUAUGAAGUGAACAGCCAGGCUGAUCGAUUGGGCACUGCGGCGUCGAUUUUAAAAAAGAAAUUUAAAACUUGCUCUCUUCAGGAUCUCAGAUGUGGAAAGUUAAUUUGCACCUAUCCCUAUGACACUCCUUAUACUAAAAUCAAUGUUCCCGUCUUGUAUAUGCCUGUGAAGAAUGUUGUCUGUGUUUCAUUGGACCUUAAACAACCAGAAGGCACUCCUGACCCUAUGAUGGUGAAAGAGGGUACAAAAUGCGGACUUGACAAGAUUUGCCUCAGACAAAAAUGCGAAAGCUAUGGCAUUCUGAAUUCUGAUUGUGACUCUGCAAAAAAAUGCUCAGGACAUGGGGUAUGUAACAACAAACAUAACUGCCACUGCGAUCCAGGUUGGGCUCCUCCAGACUGCCGGAAAAAAGGAAACCCUAUGGGAGGAAGCAUUGACAGCGGACUUCGCUAUCUGGAUUUGGAUAUUGCAAAAAAGGCCAGGGAAGACACUAUGCGGACAUGGAUCCUUCUUAGCAUUUUCCUGUUCCUGCCCAUUAUUAUCGGAAGCUCCCUGUUGGCUGUCAAAUGGAAACGUAUCAAAAAAUCUUGCUUCGAAGAUGAUGAACUGGACGACGAUUCCGAGUCUUAUUCCAGAUCAGAAGAGAGCAACACAUCGGAAAAAACAAGAGCCUUUGUGUCCAAUUAUUUCAGAGUUUAUACAUACAACAAAGAUGGCAUACCAAUAUCCUUUGUCCCUUCCAAUCAGAUUAACUUCUCCAUCCUCAAAUUUGUGGAGAUGCACGUGGUCGUGUCCAAAUCUCUGUAUGAUUAUAUGGGUUCCAAUGAAGACAUUGUGACGGGGAAGAUCAUGCAGCUUAUGAACUUCAUCAAUACUUUUCAAAAUGGGAUGACCUUGGAAGCAUUCUCAGUCAUAGUGGCACAGUUGCUGGGGUUUAGUGUCGGACUGUACUUUGAUGACACAGAAAUGUCAUUGUUCGGGGACAAUCUGCCUGAUGAACACGAGAGCAGCGAAUGUGAAAACCAUCCUUGCUGUCAAUCAGAUUGCACCUUGAAAGCAGGGAUGCAUUGUGCCCAAGGAGACUGUUGCUCGCUGGGAAACUGCAGAUUGAAGGCCAAGGGAACCUUAUGCAGACCGUUGGAGGACACGGAUUGUGAUCUCAAAGAAUUUUGCAACGGUACCUCGGCCGAAUGCUCAGAAAACCAUUACGUGGAGGAUGGACACUGGUGCGAACAUCGAACUGGGAUUUGCAUGAAAGGAAGAUGCCAAAGUGCGGAUCGAUGGUGCCGGAAAAUAUUUGGAACACAAUCGAAAAGUGGAUCUCUCCAAUGCUACGAAGAAAUUAACAGUCAAAAGGACAGGAUGGGCCACUGUGGUUCUACUGCAGGAGGAUACCAGGACUGUCAGUGGCAAGAUCUGAGGUGUGGAAAACUGGUUUGCGACUAUCCAAAUAGAGUCCCUUUCUUUUUGGAAAGCGCCGCCAUCAUUUACGCCAAAGUGCAGAAUCGCUUAUGUGUCACUUUAGACUAUUUGAAGGGGCCGGGCAUAAAAGAUCCCUUCCUGAUUCACGAUGGUACCGUCUGCGGAGAAAACAAGAUUUGCAUGAAUCAGAAGUGCGUCGAUCGAGCUGUAAUCAGAACAACCUGUAAUCCACAAUUAAAGUGCCACGGGAAAGGAAAGUGCAACAACAAAGGGAAUUGUCACUGCAACCCAGGCUGGGCUCCUCCGGAGUGUGACGUAUCAGAUGAAGGAGGCUUAGGCGGAAGCAUCGACAGCAGUUUCCGAAGCGUUGUAGUCCGGAGCAAUAAUCAGCCCAAACCAUUUUCAACAAGAAACUGGCUUCUUGUGGGUUUCUUUGUCUUUCUGCCCGUUGUGUUUGGCGCCCUCAUCUUGGCCAUCAAACUGAGAGAAGCUUUAUUAAACCCCAGUGUGGAGGAGGAAAAAGACGAGGAGGAAGAAUAUGACACAGAAGGGUAA